AUGCCAAACCUUGUCAUCUUGAAGGUGAAGUCGAUGACGAAGAGAGCGGACUCUCUUCGGGUGUUGGUGGACUCUGGCGCGACGAACAACUUUGUUCGACAGCAAAGUCUACCGUUGUUGGACUUCGAGGAGAAGCAUGUGCCUCGAAGUCAGUUGGAAGUACGAUUGGCAACAGGUGCCAUCGUGAAGACCGAGAAGCGCGUGAUUCACGCACGCUUUUCGUACAAACACCGGGUGUUUGUAGAAGAACUUCUCGUCCUGGACAUGGAUGACAAGUUCGACAUGAUGUUGGGCAUGCCGUGCCUUGCACGGCAUGAUCCUAUUAUCGACUGGGAGAGGCGUACGGUCAGACAGUGGCUUGCGUCGGAGUUGAUCUCGCUUCCAGUCAUGAGCUGGAAGGGCUUCGCAAAGGACCUGUACGAUGGACGCAUCGAACAGCUAUGCAUUCUUUCGGACCGCGAAAGAAUGACAAGUGAAGCAGAAAAGUUGAGCCAACUCUUCGCUGGAAGCGCCACUGAGAGUGAAGAUAUUCUCAGUGCCAAGACGAAGAAGGAACGCUUCGAGGAGCAGCGUUGGGACUCACUGAAGUCGAGUCCCUAUUACGAGAUACUGCGAGAGCACAGAGACGUACUCCCGGACGAGAUCCCUGCGGAGAUUCCGCGGGAGAAGGGAAUACAACACGAUAUUGAUCUCGUGCCGGGGACGAAGUAUUGCGUGACGCGGCAGUGGCCACUGCCGCAGGAUCAAGUGAAGGCAAUCGACGACUUCUUCGAAAGUCGUCGCAAGGCAGGACAAGUGCGGGAAUCAGAGUCCACGCACAGCGAACCAACGUUCUGUGUCAAGAAGCCACAGGGUGGUUGGCGCAUCGUUCAUGCGUACAAUAAGCUGAACGAUGCGACGAUACCGGCACAGACGCCGAUACCUCGAAAAGAUGUCAUCAUCGAUUCGAUGUCCAAGGGCACCAUCAACAGUGCUCUUGAUCUGAGAGACGGGUCCUAUCAGAUCCUGAUGCGUGAGAGCGAUAUCCCUCUCACGGCGGUAAGCACCCCAAGCGGUAUGCUUUGGGAGUGGCUAGUUAUGCUGCAAGGACUGAAGAACGCCCAUGCGACUUUCAAUAGAUGCGUCACGCAUCUAUUGCCUUCGAAGACGGACGUCGAGAUACACAAGGAGCAUCUCUGGGCACCGCUUGGGCUCAUGCGCAAGCACAAGCUCUAUGCGAACCUGAAGAAGUGCAUCUUCGGCAAGAUUCGCCCGCUGUCGCCGUUUCUGAAGAAGGAAGCUGCGUGGGAAUGGACUGCUGAGUACCAGCAGGCGUUCGAUGCAGUCAAGCUGGGCUUGACUGAAGCGCCGAUCUUGGCUGUGGCUGACCAAGAUCGUCCCUUUCACGUAGUGUGUGACGCAUCCGAUUUUGCGAUCGGAUGUGCGCAACUCGAUCACGAGGGCCGUGAUCGAGUCGUCUACUACCAGUCGCGUCAGCUGAAGCCAGCUGAGCGAAACUACCGUGUACAUGACAAGGAACACCUUGCCAUGAAGUAUGCAUUCGCGAAGUUCCGAGUGUACUUACUCGGCAAUACGCCGUUCGUGGUCUAUACGGACCACUACCACGGCCGGGUCGAGUACAAACCCGGGAGGUUGAAUGUCGUCGCGGACGCAUUGUCGCGACGACCGGAUUAUGCUGUCAAGACAGCCGACGUCAACCGGAUUGACGUCGCUCGGACAUAUACACCAUCGUCGUCCUUGUUGGACGAGGUGAAGGCCGUGUAUGCGCAUGACGCAGACGCGAAGCAGCUGAUCGACGCUGUAGACGACAAUGCGGAACGUAUUGUCGUGCCGAAGGAUCCUGACCUGCGCAGCAGGAUCAUGUACGAGUAUCACGAUGUCCCCACGACAGGACAUCCGGGACGUGAGAAGACGUAUUCUCUUCUCACGAGCGAAUUCUACUGGAACCACCAGUACAAGUGGGUGCGCAAGUACGUACGUACUUGCGAUGUUUGCCAGCGAGUGAAGCCUGCACCUCACUCGCAGGCUCCUCUGCAACCACUGCCGACUCCGUCGGAGUGUCGGGAGUCCGUUUCGAUGGACUUCGUGUUUGGCCUUCCGCGCGAUCCUAGGCGGAAGACUGGUAUUGUGGUCUUUGUGGACCGCUUCAGCAAGAUGGUGCAUCUCGCUGCUGUCGCAGCGGAGGUGACCUCCGUACAGACGGCACGUCUGUUCGUAGACAUGGUGUUCAAGCACCAUGGCAUGCCCAACGACUUUGUCUCGGACCGCGAUCCGCGCUUCACAGCGCGUCUCUGGCAAGAAGUGUUCACACUUCUUGGAACGCAGUUCUCAAUGUCGACUGCGGAUCAUCCGCAGACGGACGGGCAAACCGAGCGCGUGAACCGCGUGCUCGUGGACUUGCUGAAAAGCUACGCCCAGUCGUUCCACAACUGGAGCGACUACUUGUCGAUGGCCGAGUUCGCCAUCAACAACGCGGUGCAUGCCUCGACUGGGCAUACACCAUUCUUCGUGACCGCCAUGCGGCAUCCACGCCUUCCGAGCACGCUCGAGGCGGUGGCUUCCUCCUUAAAUGGGGUAGGAUCUACGGUUGCGCUCGAACAACCGCAGAAGACAGCUGAUACGGAUCUAUCAGCUGCGACGACGCGUGCGAGAGCAAGAGCCCGCACACGACAAAGCGACGUGUCAGGGCCGGGCACUGACACUGUGAAGAACCACGAGUAG